AUGACGAGUCAACAGGGAAAAAACACCGUUCAAACAAAAGCUUGGCUUGGUAAGCGUUAUCCGGACUCUGCACCAGGUAAAUCAACCAUUAUUGAUUGUCUUGCUGAAUUGAAACGUGGUCGUACGGACACCAGUGAUGCACCACGCUCUGGUCGCCCAAAAAAGAUGGUUACUUCGGAAAACAUCAAAAAAGUUCACAAAAUCGUUUUGGGGAACCGUAAAGUAAAGUUGCUGGAGAUAGCUGAGACUCUGAAUAUAUCCAAAGAACGUGUAGGAUUUAUUGUGAAUAAACAUUUGUCUAUGAAAAAGCUGUUGUCAAAGUGGGUGCCGCGCGUGUUGACUUUUGACCAAAAACAACAACGAGUCGAUGAUUCUGAACACUGUUUAGAACUUUUUCGUCGCAAUAAAACAGACUUUUUGCGUCGAUACGUAACCAUGGACGAAACAUGGAUCCACCACUACACAGCAGAGUCUAGUCGACAGUCAGCUGAGUGGACAGCAGCCGGGGAACCUCGCCCAAAGCGGCCAAAAGAGCAACAGUCAGCUGGCAAGGUUAUGGCGUAUGUAUUUUGGGAUGCGCACUGUAUUUUGUUUAUCGAGUACCUCGAAAAAGCCCAGACAAUCAACAGCAAUCGCUACAUAGGCCAAUUGGAUCGUUUGAAAGAGGAAAUAUCGAAGAAACGGCCUCACAUGCAAAGAAAAAAAUUGCUCUUUCACCGGGACAAUGCAUCCUGUCACAAGUCUUUGGUUACGAUGGCGAAAUUGCACGAAUUAGGUUUCGAAUUGAUUCCGCACCCCCCUCUACUUUCCAGACUUGGCUCCGAGCGACUAUUACCUGUUCGCGGACCUAAAAAAGAUGCUCACCGGGAACUUAUCGGCCUACCUGUUACCAUUUCAUCCAGCUGUGGAAACAACCAAGCUACAGCAAUUUCCCAACUAUUAGAAAAUUGGAAUUUGACGCAGAAAGUGCAAGUUGUUUGCUGCGAUAUUACUUUGUUGAAUACUGGUCGCUUUCAACGUGCAUGC